AAAGUUUACUAUCUUUGACUCGUAAAGUCAAAGAUGGCUAAGUAAAUUGGGACAGAGGUACUGAGGUAGUAUGAAAAAAUAACUAAAAUAACUAAAAUCGACCUCUAUAGUAACUUCAAGUCUUCAAUCAAUUCAGCACACAAAAUUAAAAAUUGAUUGUUGAGGUUGGUAAGUCCCAAACAAGGGUCACCAAACACGCUGUUAGUAUUUACCAAUCCAGCUUGUCCACCAUUUUAAUUGGACAGAUAUAUAUUUGCUCGUCCGUUCUGAUCCGUUUAAGUAUGGUAUAGGUUUGUCUGAACUAGAUAAAUAUAUGAUCUCUUUGUAUUUCAUAAUAACUAUGAAAGUUUGGUCUAGAUUGAUUUAUUUAAGUCUGAUCUGGUCUGAUAUGAUCUGGGACUAAAAACAACCAACGUAAAAACAUACUUAUUAUAAGAGAGAAUUCUCUUAAUAGGAGUAAAAAAGUUUUGAAAUUCCAAAAUAGGAGUAUCAUGAUUUUUAUUCCUUGAAUAGGAGUAUCAUAAUUACCGGCAGAUUAUGAACAGAUUUUGUAUAAGAUGUAUAUUGAGUGCGCUCAGGGAAGGAGGAGUGUAUCUGAAUAUAAAACUGAGUUUGUGCGUCUGUACGAACGCAACGAACUAGGCGAGACUGAGGGGCAGAGGGUGGCUCGUUACAUCAGCGGGUUAAAGAGCUCGAUACAGCAGAAAAUGGGUUUGCAGGCCGUUUGGAGUAUAUAUCACAGAAGCCUCUACGCCGGCCUUGAAGGCAGAACUGAUGGAGAAGUCUCCUAAAAACAUUCCAUCUUUUCACAAAUUUAUACCACCAAACAAUCAUGAGACAGUGACUGAUGAAGGGGAAAAGAACGUGGUGCCAAGAGAAACACAACCUUUAACUAAAGGAAGCAAUUCAGCGAGCAGUUCUAAUCAUGUACCCAACAAAACUCAUAAUCAAAAAGCACCUAACCCAUAUACCAGGCCCAUUGGAGAUAAAUGUUAUCGUUGUCACGGUUACGAACAUAAGUCCAAUGUCUGUCCUUCCAGGAGAACUGUCGCCCUUGCUGAGUAUGAAAAGGAAGGGGAAACUGACGAGUAUGAAGGGGUCGAGUUUGCUGAAGAGGAAGUCGAGGAGAGAGUGAGUAUUGUGGUCCAACAUAUUUUGCUCUCAUCCAAAGAGGAGGGGCAGUGGAAGAAAUUGUUACGUGCUCAUUGCGCUAUUAAGAAUAAAUUGUGUAACCUUAUAGUUGAUAACGGAAGUACUGAGAAUCUCCCAGAAACUAGUGGAGUAUUUGAAACUGGAAACAGAACCACACAAGGAGCCUUAUGCCUUGGGGUGGGUGAGUAAGGGGUCACAGGUUAAAGUAACUCAAACGUGUAAGGUUCCUAUUUCCAUUGGAAGGCGCUACAAGGACGAGGCUAUGGAAAUGACACAUACAUUGACUUUUGAAUAUACCAACAAUAAUUAGAUUACAGCUAUUCAAGUAUUUGUACUCUUCGUAUACUCCCUCCGUUCUUUUUUAUUAGUCCCUUUAGGCUUUGACACGGGUUUUAAGAGGUAAGUAGUAGAGGUAAUGUAAAAGGUGUAAUGAGUAGUGGGUAAAUGAAAAAGUAGGAAAGAGAAAGGGGUAAUGGUAAUAAAAGUGCAUGGGGUAUAAAAGUAUAUUUAAAGUAAAAAUUUUCCUUAAAUGGAAAGGAGGAUAGAUAAAAAAACAUCCCAAAAAGGAAAGGACUAAUAUUAAAGAACGGAGGGAGUACUUUGUAAUCCUUUAAUUCAC